AUGUCGACGACCUCACAAAGCGCAGUCAACGAGAGGCCGUACCUUCCUCCCCGCUCGACCAAGCGCCAGUCGAAAAUCACCGUCGAAUACCACCAUCCCUCUCGCGAGUCCAUCCAGGAGUACGAAGGGCUCAUCGCCGACGCCAACGUCCACGCCGCCGCCGCCGCCAACUACCACGAUCCGCUUCUCGCCUCGAGACCAGCCCCAACUCCGCCGUCGCCCUCGAACAAACAGAGCAACGGCAAUUCCUCUCCCAGAGCUCGCCACUCGCAGUACAAGCCAUCUCCCCGCAAACAAAGCCUCCACGUCUCUCCUUCAACCAAGACCCUCGACCGCGAUCCUUUCGCUGCCAAUCGCAUCAACGAGGGCGUCAUCAUGACCAGUACAUCUCCCCCGCCCCGCCCAUCGAGGGCCAACACCGCCAACCUCAACGACCUCUUCCCCACCCAGAACAAUUACCCGACGAAUCGUCUCUCCGAUCCGCUCGUGCUCCCUCCCGAGGCUAGGUACUAUGUCGACCAGCAGGAGAACCAGUCGCUGCUCGAGCCCUCCGAGACGUCCGCCGUCGUCGGGUACACGCAGGUGUCGACCUAUAACCCACCGAGCACGCCGACCACGGGUUCCGCCACGGGCACCCGCUCGCGCAGCGCGACCGUGGUGGCCAAGUCGAAGAAGGGCAUGUUCAACUUCAUGUCCGACUUCCUCAACAGCUCGAAGCGCCCGGAGAUCAGCACGCCCUACGACCCGGUCCACCUCACCCACGUCGGCUUCAACUCGUCCACGGGCGAGUUCACCGGUCUCCCCAAGGAGUGGCAGCAACUUCUCCAGGAGAGCGGCAUCUCCAAGUCCGAGCAGGAGAAGAACCCCCAGGCGGUCAUGGAGAUCGUCAAGUUCUACCAGGAGGGCCGCGGCGACACCUCCGUCUGGGACAAGAUGGGCGCGGUUGCCGCGCCCCAGCCAAUCCAGCCGAGCUCGCAGCCCAAGGCCUACGUCGACGACGGCUUCCAGAACCCCCGCGUGGCACCUCCCCCGCCGAAAAGGGCUGCAACGACGCAAGGCACGCCAAGUCCGCACCGCGCGGCGCCCCACCCGCCUGCCCCGCUCACCCCCGCGCUCGACCGCUCGACCUCGCAACGGCUGCCCACCUCCAAGCCAUACAAAUCCACCGACCAGCUCUCGCGCGCCAACACCACGCGCGAUCGGCGGUCGCACGGGCCCAGUGGGGGCACGCCGCCCCACCCGCAAACGCCUCCCCCGCCCCCGCCGUCCGGGCACCCAGGUAAGUCUGGCUCGGCUACAGCCGAUCUCUCGCGGAGUGCGACUACUCGCGAUACCCGCUCUGCCGCGGCCCAGCAGCCAAGCGCCGCCACCGCGAGCCUGCAGAAGGCCGCGGGCGUGGGCGGCACAGCGACGCCGCGGAGGCGGGAGAAGAAAGAGAAGGACAAGGACAAGGAGGCGGACAUCGUCAAGCGCCUGCAGCAGAUCUGCACCGACGCGGACCCGACGCGACUCUACCGCAACUUGGUGAAGAUCGGCGCGGGCGCGUCUGGAGGCGUGUAUACUGCCUACCAAGUGGGAACGAACGUCUCCGUUGCGAUUAAGCAGAUGGACCUGGAGAAGCAACCCAAGAAGGACCUCAUCAUCAAUGAGAUCCUCGUCAUGCGGGCCUCGCGCCACCCGAACAUUGUCAACUACAUUGACUCGUUCUUGCACAAGAACGAGCUGUGGGUCGUCAUGGAAUACAUGGAGGGUGGCUCGCUCACGGACGUCGUCACUGCGAACCUUAUGUCCGAGGGACAGAUCGCAGCGGUCUCGCGGGAGACGGCACAGGGCCUUGAACACCUCCAUCGACAUGGUGUCAUCCAUCGUGACAUUAAGAGCGACAACGUUCUCCUUAGCAUGAACGGUGACAUCAAACUAACUGACUUUGGUUUCUGCGCACAAAUUUCUGAUGGCAACUCCAAGCGGACAACGAUGGUCGGUACGCCAUAUUGGAUGGCACCAGAAGUCGUCACGCGGAAGGAGUACGGUCCCAAGGUCGAUAUUUGGAGUCUGGGGAUUAUGGCAAUUGAAAUGAUCGAGGGGGAACCUCCAUACUUGAACCAAAAUCCGCUCAAGGCGCUGUAUCUUAUUGCCACCAACGGGACGCCAACUAUUGCGAAUCCAGAAUCGUUGUCUACUGUCUUCCGGGACUACCUAGCACGAACCCUGGAAGUGGACUCCGAGAAGCGGCCGACCGCGUCAGAAUUGCUACAGCACCCCUUCUUCAAGCUUUCCGAGCCACUGCGGACACUGGCGCCCCUGAUCAGGGCCGCGCGGGAGAUAGCAAAGUCGAAGUGA